AUGGGUAACGAACCAUCUUCUACAAAUGGCAAGACUGAUUUUCUCACUCAGGAUUCAAUUUGUGGACCUACUUUAAUCAAUCAAAUGUAAUAAAAUCAAUGGAGAAUUGGAUUGCAACAUCCUCAUAUUUUAUAGACAUUGGGAGGUUAACCUGAAGGAGAUUAAUUUAGAUAUUAUUUUGAGAUUUGUCCAAUCACAUUAGCCUCUUUAUUAUCAGAGAGAUAUGGAACAAAAUAAUAUUUCCCAGAAGAAGAUUUAUAAGCAUUAUUAUUAGGGAUUGUUAGUGCUUUAAGUUUUUUAUAAGAAAAGGGAAUAUCACAUGGAGGUAUUGAUUUGAUAAUUAUCAUACAGAUAUUUGCACAUAAGAAAUAUUUUUUGAUUCAAAUAGUUCUAGUUUUAAAAUAUUAGAUUCUAAUUUGAUUAAUGGAAGAGGAUAUGCAAUUUAAGAAUUUAUAAGUGGUAAAUUAAAGUAUUUGGCUCCAGAGAUUAUAAUUCAACCUACUCAACAAAUGUCAGAAUAUUAAUUACAUAAAAAUGAUAUUUGGAGUUUGGGUAUGGUUAUUUUAGAAGCAGGUACAUUAAAAUCAAGUGAUAUAUUAUAUAAAAAUGGAUUAUAACACAAACUUAUUUAAGAUAGAAUUAAUGAAAUUGGUAUUAUCUAUGGAAAGUAAUUUGCAGAUAAUUUAAAAAUAAUGCUUAAUUUUAAUCCAAAUGAAAGAUUGGAUUCAGUUAAUUUAUUUAAUUUUCUUCUUGAAUAAUAGCGAAUAGCAAAUGAAUCUGAAUAAUAGAUAUAAUAAUAAUAAUUAUUAUAAUAAUAAUAAUAGUUAUUAAUGAAAUAAUAAUAAUUACAAUAAUAAUAACAUAUAUAUUAAUAAUAAUAAUAAUAAUAAUAUUAUUAUGAAUAAAAGAUCUCUAAUUAAAGUCCAGUUAAUAGAUAAUAAUAAUAAUAAAAGAAUUAUUAAUAAAAUCAUUAAAAUUUUUAAUAAUAAUAAUACUUAUACAAUUAAACUCAAUAAUCUUCCCCAUAUAGAAAUUAAAUAUAAAUUUAACCACAUAUUUGUAAUUAAUAACAAAGAUCUAAUUAUCAUUAAUAAAGACCUUCAUAAGAUUUCAUGAUGAUUUAACAUGAAAGAACUGUUUCAAUAGAAAAAAUGCCAAGUAGAAUAAUAAAAAAAAUCAUUCAUCCUGAUAGUAAAAUUGGUUAUUAAGAUAAUUCAAAUUCAGCAUCUCGUACAGGUAUGUAUUAUUAAUUAUAUUUUUUAGUAUAAAAUUAAUAUUGGUAAUAAAAACAUACUCCAUAAAAAUCUUAGAAACAAUCAAGCCCACUAUAAAGAUAAUAAAACUCAGGCUAUUAAUCAUAAUUUAUAUAAUAAUAGAAAUAUAAUGUUAUUAGUAAUAAAGAAAAUUAAUUUCCAAAUAAUACUAAUGAUUAAUUUAGAUGGAAAUAAGACAUUGGACAAUCAAAAUUAGUUAUUUAAUAAUAUAAUUAAUAAAAACCUUCAAUUUAAGGUGAAAAAAGUGAAGAACCUAUAAGGAGAGUAAUAGUUUAAUCAUAAGCCUUAAGAGAUAAUUUUGUAUGA